AUGGUUGCACCCUCCAAUUCUUUAGCUGUGGCAGUUUAUUGUGCUGCGUCACUCGGGAAGCAGAAUGUUUUCCAGCUUGCUGCGCUUUCAUUGGGCCAUGCGCUGGCUGAGGCAAAGCGUCCUCUUGUCUAUGGUGGUGGUAAAUGUGGCAUCAUGGGCAUUAUCUCAGGUGCCGUCAUAGAUGAGGGUGGCCAGGUUACCGGUGUUAUCCCAUAUGCCAUUCACGCCGCAGGCGGCGAAAUGGACAAAGGCAACGGUGUUCCAAAGACUGAAUCCGUUGCUGAAGCUCUCCAGGAAAAACGACGAGGACAGGUCAUUGUUGACUCAAUGCACGAGCGGAAGAUCGAGAUGGCAAAGCGUGUCGGUGCUUUUGUCGGUUUGCCAGGAGGAUACGGCACUUUUGAAGAGGUCCUCGAAGUUAUAACUUGGAACCAACUCAACAUUCACAACAAACCUGUCAUACUGCUUAAUGUUCUGUCCUAUUACAACCCUCUCCGUGAACUUAUCCGGAAUGGUGUACGGGAAGGGUUCAUCCAGCCACACAACGAGAAGCUCUGCGUUUUCGUCGAUGGACCCGCGGAUCAUAAAGAUCACGAGUCCUUCAACUGGGGGCAGGCCGCCAUAGAUGCCAUUGCAGCAUGGCAGCAUGACAAAAUACAGACGUUACCAUUCCACUGGACGAAGGACACUGACACCAGUGCAAUUCCCAAUGGCAAAGCCAGCAUCAAAGAGAUGAACGGUGGAUUGUACGGCCUAAAGGUCACCAACGCGUGGUUAAAGAGGGUCUGGCAUGCUCGCUCCCGUUCAGGACGAAUUUAGGUCCGCUGGUGCAUUUGUCGUGUUGAUCAUGGCAUAGGUUGGCAGGCUCGUAUACCCUACGUAUUUGUUAUCAUAUCCACCACCACCACCACCACCACCACCACCAUCAUAUCUUUAACGCUCACGACCCCAGCAUACAUUCUUUAUAUUGCAGAGAUGAUGGACCUGACUCACCAACGCGCACGACCACACUUACCAUAGAUAGAGACAGUAUAUGUAAUAGCUCGCACAGCGUGUACCAUCUUGUCGAUCGAUCUCUGCCUUUAUUUCAUUUUCAUUUGUCUUCACCCCAAGAUCAUCGUC